GAGAACGCACAGGAAAGAUAUCGAUUUCGAUUCGAGUUCGAAGAGCAGAGUAUUCGAAAACACCGAAAACGUAGUAUUCGAAACCGCGAAAUUUUGAAAAAAACCCAACAAACCACACAUAACGAAUUUUUUCCAAGUGGCCCACUGGCAACAGAAAAGUGAAGUGAAUUAUACAUAUAGAGAAGCAAAAGAUAGAUAGAUACACCCCCAAAGGAUUACUUUCGGAUACGACGAGAUGCAUCUGCCAGCGGGUCCAACGAUGGUGGCCAACAAUACACAGGUCCUGGCCGCCGCAGCAGCCGCCGCUGCCGCCGCCGCCGCCGCCGCCGCGGCCGCGUCACAGGGCCAAUCGAAUCCCGGCCAGAAUCUGGCCAACACCAGCACCCACUCGGCCAGCAGCACGGGCAGCUCCACGCCGGAUCUGAGCACGAACCACACCAGCUCAACCACCGCCAAUAGUCCUUUGAAUCCGGCGAGCGGUACCGCUGGCGCCGCCUCCGCCUCGGCCUCCUCCGCCACCGCCUCCUCAUCCGCCAAGAUGCCCAGCUCGAUGACCGACAUGUUUGCCAGCCUGCACGAGAUGCUGCAGGAAUACCAUGGCGAGCUGGCCCAGACGGGCUCCCCCUCGAUCCUGUGCAGCGCCCUGCCCAACCAUUGGCGUUCCAACAAAUCGCUGCCCGGGGCCUUCAAGGUGAUCGCUUUGGAUGAUGUGCCCGAUGGCACUUUGGUGUCCAUCAAGUGCGGCAACGAUGAGAACUACUGCGGCGAGCUGAGGAACUGCACCACCACGAUGAAGAACCAGGUGGCCAAGUUCAAUGAUCUGCGCUUCGUGGGACGGUCUGGCCGGGGAAAGUCUUUCACCUUAACCAUCACCAUUGCCACCUAUCCGGUGCAGAUCGCCAGCUACAGCAAGGCCAUCAAGGUGACCGUCGACGGGCCGCGGGAGCCAAGAAGCUAUGGCUACCCCCAUCCCGGCGCUUUCAAUCCGUUCAUGCUGAAUCCCGCCUGGCUGGACGCGGCGUACAUGACCUACGGCUAUGCGGACUACUUCCGCCACCAGGCAGCCGCCCAGGCGGCCCAGGUGCAUCAUCCUGCCCUAGCCAAGUCCUCGGCCUCGUCGGUCUCGCCCAAUCCCAAUCCCGCCGCGGUGCCCGUGUCCAGCAGCUCCUCCUCUGCGGCAGUGGUGGUGCAGCCCGCUGAGUAUCCGCAUCCGCCGACGGCGGGUCAGGGAGCCACCAUGAUGCCAUCGCCACCGGGAGCGGCUCCGGCCACGCCCUAUGCCAUGCCCCAGUUCCCGUUCAACCAUGUGGCCGCCGCAGCUGCCGCCAAGGUGGCCACCGCCACGCCCCAUGCCUUCCAUCCGUACAACUUUGCCGCCGCCGCGGGACUGAGGGCGCGAAAUGCUGCACUGCAUCACCAUGCCAGCGAACCAGUGGUCAGCCAUGUCAGUCCCGCCUCCUCGCGCCCCUCCAGCUCCUCGCCCACCCAGCAGCAUGUGCUCCUCAAGCUGAACACCUCCAUCGAGACGAGCUCCAUUCACGAGCAGUCCGCCAGCGAUGGCGACUCCGAUGACGAGCAGAUCGAUGUGGUCAAGUCGGAGUUCGAUCUGGACAAGAGCCUGGAUGUGGCGCCACUGCGAAUGCGCUGCGACCUCAAGGCGCCCUCGGCCAUGAAGCCCCUGUACCAUGAGAGCGGCCCCGGAGCCGUCGUCCAUGGACGCCAAUCCUCGCCGGAGACGACCACCAAGAUCAAGAGCGCCGCCGUCCAGCAGAAGACCGUGUGGCGGCCCUACUAAAAACGAUAUGGGGGGCUCCCAAUGGGUCCCGUCGAACCAGAAAAACAGAAAAAACAAAGUGAUAAAACAGCGGCGGCGCAGAGCGGCAAGCGGGCAAAAAUUAUAAUUGUGAUAUAGUGUUAUAAGUUACCUCCGGCCGGCAAACGGAGCAGCCUCAUCGGUUGACAGGAUACAAGGAUAUUCAUCAGCAAAUCAUCAAGGAUACAGGACUCCACCUGGACUUCAGACUCCGGCGAAGUUUUAUGCUCGGACUCAUAAAAUCGUGCGGCGAGUUUGAGCCACAGGCCCUCGUUUUUCACCCGGAUUUUCCACAAAUCCCAGCAGAAAAAAAAAAACACUUAAAAAAACUAGAUCCAAAAAUUCUACCAAGAAACCAACUUUAGUUCAAUCUCAUUUCGAGCCACACAAAUGGAAAACACACACAUUUUGUACAUAGCUAACUAGUUGUAACACUCAUUACUACCUUUUUUUUUUUGAGAACCUUUUUUUUCGAUGGAUAAUACGCGAAUUUAGCUAUUUUUAAUCUUUAUGUUUAACUAGUCGUCUAAGCGAGAAAUCAAUUUUUUUGUCUAGCCGUAAGUUUUAGCGCGAAAAGAAA